GGCCCAAUAUAAAUCUCUGUCCGUUCUUCAUAAGCUUCACUUUGUUCAACUCCGAUCAACAAACGUAGCUUCUUCUUCUUCCUCAAACAUGUUUUUCCACAUAGUAUUGGAGAGAAACAUGCAGCUUCAUCCUCGUCACUUUGGUCGUGAUCUUCGUGAAAAACUUGUUUCAAAACUAAUGAAAGAUGUAGAAGGAACUUGCAGUGGUCGACAUGGUUUUAUAGUGGCGAUUACUGGGAUUGAAAGUGUUGGAAAAGGAUUAAUUCGUGAUGGAACUGGUUUUGUUACUUUCCCAGUGAAGUAUCAAUGUGUUGUAUUUCGACCCUUCAAAGGUGAGAUUUUGGAGGCUGUUGUCACCAUGGUUAACAAGAUGGGAUUUUUUGCUGAAGCAGGGCCUGUGCAGAUUUUUGUCUCAAAUCAUUUGAUACCUGAUGACAUGGAGUUUCAGUCGGGGGAUGUGCCAAAUUAUACAACUUCAGAUGGUUCGGUUAAAAUUCAGAAGGAAAGUGAAGUUAGAUUGAAGAUUAUUGGAACACGUGUUGAUGCCACAGAAAUUGUAUGUCAGCAACUCUCCUUUUUAUUUUGUGAAUUUUCCUAA